AUGAAUUCAUCUGUUACUAAUAUUAUGGACAAAGCUAUGAUUUACUUAUAUCAAAUAUUAGCCACUUAAUCAUCGAUACAAUUGUCUGAUAAAUAUGAGUAAUCAGAACACAAGCAUACUUCAAUUAUAGUUUUCUAAAGAUAUAUAUCAGAAAUCAAAGCUAUUUUCAUUUAUGCUUAUGAUUACAACUCUUUUAUUAUUAUUUAGUAAUAACACUUUCAUUUAGAUUAAUUUACAUCCAACCUAAAUCAUUACUAUGAAACAAUUAAAAACUUUCUUAUUCGCAUUCUUGAUUCAAAUUAAGAAGUGUGUUUGCAUUUUAUUAAUUAUGGUCUAGAUUUCGUAGAAGAAAAAGUAGAAACAAUUCAACAUGCCCUUCAAUUGCUUGAAUUACCUUAUUUAAAAAGUAAAAUUAUCAUUUGGAUGAACAAUCAGUAACUAAUCCAACCUAAAGAUGGUUAUUUAAUGAUUUAAUAUUUUAACUAAUAUGUGUUACUUAAAUUUCAGUAGGAUAUAAUAAAAAAUCAAGAAGGUUAUAAAGACUUUACUUAAAAAUAGAUAAAAUAAGUAUAAGAGAUCCACAAGGAAUUUAUUAAAUAAUUAGAAUUGUACGAGUAAUAUGUACAAAUGUAUAACAUAUAUUCUUUAAUANUAAUCAAUUUAAAGUAUGUGUCUGAAGUUAUGAAAUUCUUUUUACAAGUUAAUUAAAUUUUAUUUAAAACAAAAAAUAAAUGA